GCGCGGGCUCCAGCCGCCGCACGGCACCGCAGCACAGCGCACCGCGCAGCGCACCGCGCCGGCCACGUGUCCCCGCUGUAGCCCGGGAGGGAGGAGGGGGAAUCCCGUGUCCACGCUUCCGCCCCGCAACAAGACGAUGGGCAAGGGGGUUGGACGCGAUAAAUAUGAGCCGGCGGCCGUCUCCGAGCAUGGGGACAAGAAGAAGGGGAAGAAGGAGAAGGAUAUGGACGAGCUGAAGAAGGAGGUGUCCAUGGACGAUCACAAACUCAGCCUGGACGAGCUUCACCGCAAAUACGGAACCGACUUGAGCCGGGGCCUCACCACCAGCCGGGCUGCGGAGAUCUUGGCGCGGGACGGUCCCAACGCCCUGACGCCUCCACCCACUACCCCGGAGUGGAUCAAGUUUUGCCGCCAGCUGUUCGGAGGGUUCUCCAUGCUGCUCUGGAUCGGCGCCGUCCUCUGCUUCCUGGCCUACGGGAUCCAGGCGGCCACCGAGGAGGAGCCGCAGAACGAUAACUUGUACCUUGGAGUCGUGCUGUCGGCUGUGGUGAUCAUCACCGGCUGCUUCUCCUAUUAUCAAGAGGCCAAGAGUUCGAAGAUCAUGGAAUCCUUCAAAAACAUGGUGCCGCAGCAAGCCCUGGUGAUCCGCAACGGCGAGAAGUUGAGCAUCAACGCGGAGGAGGUGGUGGUGGGGGACCUCGUGGAGGUGAAGGGCGGUGACCGCAUCCCGGCCGACCUCCGCAUCAUCUCCGCCAACGGCUGCAAGGUGGACAACUCCUCCCUCACCGGCGAGUCGGAGCCCCAGACCCGCUCGCCCGAUUUCACCAACGAGAACCCGCUGGAGACCAGAAACAUCGCCUUCUUCUCCACCAACUGCGUCGAAGGAACGGCCCGCGGCAUCGUCGUGUACACCGGGGACCGGACGGUGAUGGGUCGGAUCGCCACGCUGGCGUCGGGGCUGGAGGGCGGGCAGACGCCCAUCGCCGCCGAGAUCGAGCACUUCAUCCACCUCAUCACCGGGGUGGCCGUCUUCUUGGGCGUGUCCUUCUUCGUCCUCUCCCUCAUCCUCGAGUACACCUGGCUGGAGGCCGUCAUCUUCCUCAUCGGCAUCAUCGUGGCCAACGUGCCCGAGGGGUUGCUGGCCACCGUCACGGUGUGCCUGACGCUGACGGCCAAGCGCAUGGCCCGCAAGAACUGCCUGGUGAAGAACCUGGAGGCGGUGGAGACGCUGGGCUCCACGUCCACCAUCUGCUCCGACAAGACCGGCACCCUCACCCAGAACCGCAUGACCGUCGCCCACAUGUGGUUCGACAACCAGAUCCACGAGGCGGACACCACCGAGAACCAGAGCGGGGUCUCCUUUGACAAGAGUUCCGUCACGUGGCAAGCCCUGUCCAGAAUCGCCGGCCUCUGCAACCGGGCGGUGUUCCAGGCCAACCAGGAUAACAUUCCCAUCCUCAAGAGGGCAGUGGCCGGCGACGCGUCCGAAUCCGCCCUCCUCAAGUGCAUCGAGCUGUGUUGCGGCUCCGUCAAGGAGAUGCGUGAGCGAUACACCAAGGUCGGAGAGAUCCCCUUCAACUCCACCAACAAGUACCAGCUGUCGAUCCACAAGAACCCGAACCAGUCGGAGCCCCGCCACUUGCUGGUGAUGAAGGGAGCCCCCGAACGCAUCCUCGACCGCUGCAGCUCCAUCCUGCUGCACGGCAAGGAACAGGCCCUGGACGAGGAGAUGAAGGAGGCCUUCCAGAACGCCUACAUGGAGCUGGGGGGCCUGGGCGAGCGCGUCCUUGGUUUCUGCCACCUCUUCCUGCCCGACGACCAGUUCCCCGACGGCUUCCAGUUCGACACGGACGAGGUGAACUUCCCCGUGGACAACCUGUGUUUCGUGGGGCUCAUCUCCAUGAUCGACCCGCCCAGGGCUGCCGUUCCCGACGCCGUCGGCAAGUGCCGGAGCGCCGGCAUCAAGGUGAUCAUGGUGACCGGUGACCAUCCCAUCACGGCCAAGGCCAUCGCCAAGGGCGUGGGCAUCAUCUCCGAGGGCAACGAGACGGUGGAGGACAUCGCCGCCCGCCUCAACAUCCCCGUCAGCCAGGUCAACCCCAGAGACGCUAAGGCGUGCGUGGUGCACGGCACCGACCUGAAGGACAUGACCUCCGAGCAGCUGGACGACAUCCUCAAGUACCACACGGAGAUCGUCUUUGCCCGGACCUCCCCGCAGCAGAAGCUGAUCAUCGUGGAGGGCUGCCAGAGACAGGGAGCCAUCGUGGCCGUGACGGGCGACGGGGUGAACGACUCUCCGGCUCUGAAGAAGGCGGACAUCGGGGUGGCCAUGGGCAUCUCCGGCUCGGACGUGUCCAAGCAGGCGGCCGACAUGAUCCUUCUAGACGACAACUUCGCCUCCAUCGUGACCGGCGUCGAGGAAGGUCGCCUGAUCUUCGAUAACUUGAAGAAAUCCAUCGCCUACACCCUGACCAGUAAUAUUCCCGAGAUCACCCCCUUCCUGAUCUUCAUCAUCGCCAACAUCCCCCUGCCGCUGGGCACCGUCACCAUCCUCUGCAUCGACUUGGGUACCGACAUGGUCCCCGCCAUCUCCCUGGCUUACGAGCAGGCCGAGAGCGACAUCAUGAAGAGGCAGCCCAGGAACCCCAAGACGGACAAGCUGGUCAACGAGCGGUUGAUCAGCAUGGCCUACGGGCAGAUCGGUAUGAUCCAGGCCCUGGGAGGCUUCUUCACCUACUUCGUGAUCCUGGCGGAGAACGGCUUUCUCCCCUCGGGGCUGCUGGGCAUCCGCAUGGACUGGGACGACCGCUGGGUCAACGACGUGGAGGACAGCUACGGCCAGCAGUGGACGUACGAGCAGCGGAAGAUCGUGGAGUUCACCUGCCACACGGCCUUCUUCGUCAGCAUCGUGGUGGUCCAGUGGGCGGAUCUGGUCAUCUGCAAAACCCGUAGGAAUUCCGUCUUCCAGCAGGGGAUGAAGAACAAGAUCCUGAUUUUCGGCCUCUUUGAGGAGACAGCCCUGGCCGCCUUCCUGUCCUACUGCCCCGGCAUGGGCGUGGCUCUGAGAAUGUACCCCCUCAAGCCGACGUGGUGGUUCUGUGCCUUCCCGUACUCCCUCCUCAUCUUCGUGUACGACGAAGUCCGGAAGCUGAUCAUCCGCCGCAGCCCCGGAGGCUGGGUGGAGAAGGAAACAUAUUACUAGAGGCUCGACGCCGCCCACCGCGAAGCAAGUUCCCAUUCCCUGCAUCAUCCACAACCACCACCAACCACCACCACCCCCUUUGUGUCCUUCAGAACGCAGAAUCCCGGGGGGCA